UAUUUAGUCUUUUCUUCAACCCCAAAUUGCCAAAACCCUAGAAAAACCGCUGCUCUCUCGCUCUCUCGCUCAAUUCACUCACCAACAAGCUCCUGCUUUCUCUCUCCAACAGCGAUGGCGCCCUUGGACGAUGAGACAGCGAAGAAAGUCAUUCGUCAGGUGGAGUUCUAUUUUAGCGACAGUAAUCUGCCGAGGGAUAAUUUUUUGAUGAAAACCAUAAGCGAGAAUGAAGAUGGAAUGGUAAGUUUGUCAUUGCUUUGCUCAUUCUCUCGAAUGAGAGGUCACUUGAGUUUAGGAGAUGUGAAACCAGAAGAUGUAUCAGAAGAUACGGUUCAGGCCGUGGCUGAUACGCUGAAGACCUCCACUUUUCUGAAAAUUUCUGAAGAUGGGAAGAAGGUUGGUAGAGUUACUGAGCUUCCAAAGCCCGAGGAAGUGAUUAAGCAAUCAGAUGACAGGACAAUUGCUGCAUCUCCACUGGCAUAUGAUGUCAAGCUUGAACAAGUAGAAUCAUUUUUCAGCCAACAUGCUAAGGUAAAUAGCGUGAGGUUGCCUCGACAUGUUGCUGACAACAGGUUGCUCUGCGGGACAGCCUUGAUUGAAUUCUCUAGUGCGGAGGAUGCUGCAAAUGUUUUGAAGCAAACCCUGAGUUAUUCAGGGGUUGAUUUAGAACUGAAGCCAAAGAAGGAAUUUGAUGAUGAAAGAGAGAAGCAAGAGGAGGAGUUCAAAAAAACUCGACAGCAAGUGGGCAAUGGCAAGGAGAAGACCAAUUAUGAGCCUGACUACCCCAAAGGCUUAAUUGUUGCAUUCGCGUUGAAGAGCCUCUCUGCUGAAGAUUCAACCAAGCAAAAUGAUAACCACACAGAGCUGAGUGAAAACCUAGAUGUCUCUAUGAAAGAUGGAGAGCAGGAUAAUGAAGAGACUAAAAAGGAGAUUCCAGAAGCUGUUGAAGAUACAAAGAAUCAUGUUGAGAAGGAUGAAGAGAAGGAAGGAGAUGCCAAUGGUGCAGACACUGAAGCCCAACAAUGUGAGGGUGAUGAAAAAUCAGCAGAUAUCCCAAAAGAAGAAAGACUGACCCUUGCAGCUUGCAAGGACAAUAAAAACCUUGUUUCAAGAGAGGAUCUGAAAAGCAUUUUCCAAAAGUAUGGCACCAUCAAGUUCAUUGAUUUCAAGAUUGGUGAAAACUCUGGAUACAUAAGGUUUGAAGAUGCUGCAUCUGCUCAGAAAGCUCGGGCUGCUGCUGUGCUUGCUGAGCAGGGGGGUUUGGUUGUGAAAAAUUUCAUUGCCAAUCUGGACCCUUUGACCGGUGAUGCUGAGAAGGAAUACUGGAAUGCACUGCGCAGUGGUCAGGAGAAACACCGUGACUUCAAAGGUGGCCGUGGAAGGGGCGGAGGUAGGCACAACAAUAACCGAGGUGGUGGUAGGCAUUCUGGUUGGAAGCAUUCUCGCGGUAGAGACAACAACGAUCGACGGGCUAACAAAGCUCAGAAAGUAUGAAAAAAGCAACGCACCAUCUGACCAAUUUUGUCCUCUACCCGUUGCUUUUUUUGGCCAGCAUUAUGCACUUCUAUAUAGUUUACGACUGUACACUGAUUGUUCCUAAAUUAUGGGGUUACUAAGCAUUAUCAAAUUUAUUUUUUAGGUUAUAUAUAAUGGUUGUGUGACUGAUUUUCAUUUUUA